AUGCAGGAUCUGUGGAUCUCCAAAUGUGAAUGGGACGAGCCUCUGCCGGCCCAGAUCCGUGAGCAAUGGCGUCACUAUUGCCAAUCCCUGUCAGAUCUCCCCGCGCUCUCGAUCGACCGAUGGUUAAGCUUGACGCAGCAAAGUUCCGUACAGCUCCAAGGAUUCUCAGAUGCGUCCUCCCGCGCGUAUGCCGCAGCUGUAUAUUUUCGCGUCGACGACGGUAAAGGCAACGUGCGUAUCUCGUUGCUCGCCUCUAAGACGAAACCUUCGCCUAUUAAAACUAAAAGUAUCCCGAAUCUCGAGCUUUGCGGCGCGGAACUCCUCGUCAAAUUGGUCCGAUACUUACAACGGUUAGAGUUCUUAUCGGAAAUACCAGUUUAUUUAUGGUCCGACAGCCAAAUAGUCCUCACGUGGCUGAAAAAACACCCGUGCCACUGGAAGACUUUCGUCGCCAAUCGCGUAUCGUUCAUACAAACCGAACUGCCCUCAGCCAUAUGGUCGCACGUUCCGACAAAGCAGAACCCAGCCGACUUGGCGACACGCGGAGUGUUACCUGACGAAUUGGGACAGAUGGAUUUGUGGUGGCAUGGGCCGACCUGGCUCCGCUCUGACUCGCAAGAUUGGCCAAUGCCAGCGAAGACAGUACAAGCUUUGCGUACCCGAACGAGUACAGGGGAGUCAGGGAUUCUCUCACGCUAUUCUACGCUUUCACGGUUGACGCGCAUAACAGCUUGGCUUUUGCGCCCGCUCUAUCAGCUCCGCCGACGUAAGGAAGGACUAACCGCGUUACCCUCAAAGCGCCUCACUACCACCGAUCUCGAAUAUGCACGCGACGCGCUGAUACGAGUAUCCCAAUCGCACGCUUUCUCAAAAGACAUAGAACUUAUAAAGGCCGAAAAGACAUUGCCCCGGUGCAGUCCGUUGAGGAAACUCAAGCCGAUUCUCGGAUCUGACGGCAUUCUACGAGUAGGAGGCCGCCUUGACAAUAGCAAUUUGCCGCACUCGGUAAAAAAUCCGCCCAUUUUGCCUCGCCUCUCCGCACUUAGCCGACUUUUUGUACACUUCGCGCAUCAAAAAUCAUUACACGGUGGACCUACGUUAACUGCAAGUGUUCUUCUCCGAUACGCGUGGAUACUAGGUAUGCGACCAUUAGUUAAGUCAUUAGUAAACAAGUGCGUCAAGUGUCAAAGACACAAGCCCCGCCUGGCCCAACAACUUAUGGGCAGCCUCCCUGCUGCGCGCGUUACACCAUCGCGCCCAUUCACAACAUCAGGAUUGGACUACGCGGGACCAUUUCAAAUACGUACGUCGAAGGGUAGAGGAGAGCGUGCUUAUAAAGGGUACAUCGCUCUAUUUGUCUGCUUCUCUACGAAGGCCAUCCACCUCAAAGUCGUUAGCGAUCUCACCUCCGCUACAUUUAUCGCCGCCUUUCGUCGAUUUGUAAGCAGACGGGGGCUCUGUAAGGAGCUGUACAGUGACAAUGCCACCACGUUCAGAGGAGCUGACGCUGAACUACGUGCCAUGUUCAACGCCGCGUCGGACUUUUACAAGGACACCGCAUCUACACUCUCGAACGAUGGGACUUCAUGGACUUUCAUCCCCCCGACUACCCCUCACUAUGGUGGCUUAUGGGAAGCAGGUGUGAAAUCUACGAAGCAUCUGUUGAAACGGCUCGUUGGCGAGCAUACGCUUACUUUCGAAGAAUUUGCGACCUUAUUAGCAUAG